AUGUCUAUAAUCCCACCAGCCCCAGCUAAAGGGGUUGCUGCCGUUGGAGUGGAGGCUACGAAGGCAGCUUGCAGUGAAUUUGCAGGUAAGGACAAGGAUGCUUAUAUUGAGGGGGAAGACCAAAAACUUCUAAGCAAACAAAAACCAAAGCAAAAUGAAGCCAACACAGAGCCCGAGGCUUCUGAGGGCACGCUGGGGAAUACCAAGCAGUCACAAAACGAUUCUGUAAGUAACAUGAGUCAUGCAAAACGGUUACCGGAGUUACCGCCCCUACCUGCUUCUGCUUCAGCUGCACCUUCAGAAUUGUAUCAGUAUAUUUGGUGGAACUAUACAUCUUAUAGAAGUGCUUUUGUAUUCAAAAUAGAAAGUCACAGUGCAGAAAAUAUGGUUUGUGCAGGGAGAAGCACACCAACUUUGUUGAACAGUUGGGAUCCCAUUUCACUGUGUGCACUUGCUCAUAUGCCAGAAUUACGUGUCAUACACUAUACAGACAACCAACCAUUGACCCCAGAAGAACAAUUUGUUGUCAUGCACUUACAUGAGAAGGAGAUAAGUAAGCGAGAAAAGCCACCUUCAAAAAACGAUAUAGAGCGGUACUGUUACUACAUAUAUAAUGGAGUGCAGGAAGACAUGCUGGCACCUCAGGAUAAGGAAGUGAUGAAUGUAAUUUUAAAGCAUAUUCCAACUCACAUUCUUGCUAACCCCAACCUGGAGAAUUUACUUGCAAGUUUAAAAGAAGAGAUUCAGGCAGACUAUCGUAUCAGCCUCAUGAAAGCCAUUGUUGAUUACAUCUUGAUGGAUCCAGCUGAGAGAGAGAGACUGUUUAUUGGAAGUACCCCACGCCCUUUUCCCCAGAGAGUUGUCCGUGCACCAGUCCCAUGGCACAGCUCUUACGAAGAAGUGAAAAGCUGGAAUGAAAGAAAUCUAUUCAUAGUGAAUCCGUUGAUGCCCACUUUGCAACAGCUCUGGCUUUCUCAGUAUAGUCAUCUAAGGUUUGUUCGCACUGAAGAAAUGCUUUGUAGAGAUCUGCCACUGUUGCCUACCGAAUUUGAGGAGGUCAUUCGAAGACACUGUGUGGAAGCUCGCAAUAUUCUUCAGAACAAGUGGAUCCCAACUUGUGCCUGUAUUUUCCUUGAUCAAAAAAGGAAAUGGCUUCAUUUUGCUCCUGAAAAUGACUGUGAUUCCUCUCAGCAAGUUGAAAGCUAUUUUCAUUCGGUGGCAACUCUAAUGUCAUUACAGUUACGUGAGAUGGUUGUUAACUCCUUAGAAGAUCUUCUUGCAUUUUUUAUGAUCCACAAGGAUGGAAGUGAUUUUACAGAACCGUAUCAAGAAAUGCAGUUCUUUGUACCUCAAAUACUAACAGUCAAACUCAGUGUGGAAGAACCUAAGAUUGUCUUUGAGCCACCUUUGAAAGAAUGUUGGGAUUUAAUCAAUCAUUGCUUCAGGGAGAUCCUGCAAAGUGCUGAGGAACUUCCAAAGGUAGAAAGAUUUCUAUUUCCAGAAUUAAAAAGAGAUGAUCUCACUCUCAGUACAGUCAAACCAGAUGAAUCAUUGUUUUCAGAGUAUGUGAACAAACUUGAAAAGAGCUUUGAGAGCAACAUACUUGGUCCACAGAAGUAUUUAAAGAGGUACAGGAAAUACAGCAAUCUCUUGAACAACAAUGCACAGCAAGAUGUCACAGAUUUCUUGAAAGAAGGUCAUACUUUAGAAGCUUUAACAGAGAAGAUUGACAGCUUAACAAAACUGAAAAGAGAGAUUGCUUCCAUGCCUGUCACUGUCCCUCUGGCCAUGUUCUGUCUGGAUGCUGUACAACUGAAUGAGGAACUCUGCAAUCGGACCCAAAAUCUUAAAGAUAGAUUGAUUGAAUUUGAAGUGAUGGAAAACAGAGAGUUAAAUAAAAG